AUGAAUAAAACUCACUCAGAAGAAUAUAUCAAUAACUCUAAUUUAUUAGAUUUUACUUUCAAAAACCUCAAAUAUUCGAUUUAAACAAGCAAAGGAACUUAAGAAAUUAUCAAAGGUGUAGAUGGUAUAUUCCCUAACUCAUAAGUCACUGCUAUAUUAGGCUCAUCUGGCGCAGGCAAGACUACACUUUUAAAUAUUCUUUCUAAAAGGAUAGCUAAUUCAAAAAAAUCACAAUUAGAAGGAGAAGUUUUAGUGAAUGGAAAGCCUUACACAGCAGAUACAUUCUCAACAUUUGCUAAUUAUGUUAUGUAAGAUGAUUUGCUUACAGAGACCAUGACCGUAAGGGAAUGUCUUUAGUUCGCAGUAAACUUGAAGAAUAAAGGAGCAAAAACUAAUAAAAAUGAAAUAGUUAAUGAUGUAAUAACAUAAUUAAAGCUUGAGAAAUGCUAGAAUACUCAAAUUGGGGGUUAAUUUGUAAAAGGUAUUUCUGGAGGGGAAAGAAAAAGAACAUCAAUAGGAUUUGAAUUAAUUUGUGAUCCUUAAUCUUUAUUUCUAGAUGAGCCAACAUCUGGUUUAGAUAGUUUUACUGCAUAUAUCUUAAUGGAUAGAUUAAGGAAUUUUGCUCACAAAAAGAAUAGAACAGUUGUCCUUACUAUUCAUCAACCCUCAGCAGAUAUAUGGAGUAUGCUAGAUAGGAUAAUAUUGAUGGUUGAUGGUAAGUUUAUAUACUAAGGUGAAGGUGGUAACUCUAUUUAAAAUUAUUUCUCAAAGUAAGGUUUUAAAUGUCCUGUUUUAACUAAUCCUGCAGAUUAUUACAUGUCGAUUAUGGAUCAAGAAAAGAAAAUCAAUUAGAUAAAUUGCCCAAUUUAUUAUAAAAAUUAUGACAAACUAAUAAAAGAGAAUGUUUUAAGUGAAAUCAAAUUUUCCAGUUAAGUAGAAUUUAAUCCUUCUACAUCCUAAGUCCCUACUUACAUGCAAUUCUACUAUAUAGUCAAGAGAACUAUUUUAAUCUAAACAAGAAGUCCAAUCUUAUUUAAAGCAAAAUUAGGUUAAGUAAUCAGCUUAGCAAUUUUUUUAGGAUUAAUUUAUUAUCAAUUACCAAAUGGUUAAGAUGAUCCAUAUAAUGUUGUAGAUGUCAGAAACAAAAAUGGAUUUUUAUUUUUCCUUUCUACUGGUGCUUUUCUAGAAUCUAUGAAUGCAGCUUGUUUGUCUAUACCUAUCGAGAGAUAAGUUUUUUUAAGAGAAGAAAAUUCAAAACUUUACAAAAUAUUCCCUUAUUACUUUGCUAAAUUGUUUGUUGACCUAAUAGCAGAUUUUAUUAUACCAAUUAUAUUCUGUGCCAUAGCAUAUUGGAUGAUUGGAUUGAGAAAUGAUAUCAGUGCAUUUUUAUUUUUCGUAUUGGUUAUGAUAGUUUUACAAUUUACAGGAAUCGCAGCUGGAUAUUUUGAGGGAUGUUUAUUCAAAGAUCCUAAUUUAGCGUUUGGUGUUGCUUAAUUGAUUGCUAUGCCUUUCUUUCCUUUUUCUGGUUAUUAUAAAAAUAGUGGGGAUUUAGCAAGUUGGAUUUCUUGGGUUUAGUACCUAUCUCCUUUUAAUUACGCAUAUCAAGCUUUUGUAAGAAAUGAAUAUGAAGAAACAUAUUUUAUACCUAAUCCAAUUCAAUCUGAAAAUAUUGAAUUUACAAAGUGGGAAGCUGUCGGGUAUUUGGCACUAAUGUUCUUAGGAUAUUUAAUCCUUGGCUUCUACUUUUUGUAUAGAUCUAAAAAGAAUUUAUAAUGA